ACACGUGGUCUUCUCUCCUCAACUGCUGACGCUUCCUCUGGAUUCUCUUCUCAAUUCCACCAAUCACAUCCCCACGCGUGUCCUCUCCUCCAAUUGGUUCCCCACACGUUUCCUCAGGAUCGCAGGCUAUAAUAAAGUGACCAAUCACCAAAGGGACACGUGUCUGAUUUGAGUGUUCUAUACCCGUAGUAGACUUCAGACAUAUAUUGGAGUGGGUUCUUGUCUUUCGCAAUUGGCAUUGGCCACAUUUUUCUUUUCCCCCAAGACUGAAUAAAAAUGAACGCCAACAGCAACAGGAGGGUCAGACCCUCUCCGUCGCCUCAGGGCUCCGACUCCAACGACUCCGGUAUCCUCAACGAGCGCAUACUUCUCCUCGUAUUUCAAACAAUCAAGUGGGACUUACAGACGCUUUGCAUCACCGCCUCCCUCAAUUGUAAACUUCGAGCCAUAGCCGACAGACUGCUCUGGCGCCAGCUCUGUCUCAAUCGAGCUCCCCGAAUGGUGGCCACAUUGACCACCGGGGCUCCCAAUGCCCGAGUCGGCGGUGGAUGGAACGCGCUCGCCAAGCUAAUGUUCUUCUGCUGCGGCUGCCAGUCCAGCCGCCAUUUCAGGGUCGCCCAGCCCCUGCCCGGACAUUUCGUCCACGAGUCUCGCUUCUCCAAAACCUCAGGCCGAAGCUUUCUCACCAAGAAAUGUCGAGGAGACUUGCUGUACGUGAGCGAUCCCUGUGAGCAUUCCAACGGGAGCGACGAGGAUGAUUUGGGGAUCUACAGAGGGGUAUUUCGGGGAUUUAUGAGAUCGAAGACUAGGGCAUUCUUGAUCAGACGGCAAGUGAGGUUGGAAGAGAGGACCAGAUGCCCAUAUUGUGGGGCUCGGGUGUGGAGUAUGACAUCCGCUCGACUCGUACCCAAAAGCGCGGCUAGGCGGCUUGGGACGCAUGAUGGAGGCCUCGAAUAUUUCGUGUGCGUGAACGGCCAUUUGCAUGGCUCUUGUUGGCUCGUUCCUCUAUCAUCGGAGGAAGACAGGGCUAACAACGAGGAAGAGGAAGAGGAAGAAGAAGAAGAAGAAGAAGAAGAAGAAGAAGAAGAGGAGGAGGAGGAGGCGGCGGCGGAGUGUCACAGAGAAGUUCGUGAGAUUGGGUUUGAAGACCGGACGGUGACAGAUGAAAGCGCGAGCUCCACGGGGGAGGAGAUAGUAGAUAGUCGCGGAGAGGUCCGCGUCCACACCACAGAUUAGAAUGGGAUUUGCAUUUGGGCAGUUCGUAGGCCAAAGCAAAGCGGAGAAGCCGAUCAAAAAAAAAGUUAGAAACUGAUGUAGAAAAUAGGAGGGGGGCUAAGGUAUAAGCAGUAAGGGUGAAGACAGGCAGACUCGAGGAAGCAUGGUGUUGGCUGUUUGGUUUUGGUACGACGCUCAGUGGUCUCCCUUGCAACCUACAAUUCUGUUUCCAACACCAGCGAUUACGAGUAUUCUAAUCACAAUCACUUUUCUUUCUCUUUUUAAAUUAGAGUAGCUUGGACUUUUGCCAUUUAUAUUCUUUUUUUCUCAUUUCAUUUCAUUACAAUGCCCAGUGAGUCAGGGCUUUCCACC